GAAUGGUCUCUUUUACCGAAGAAUUUUCCCUGAUUUUAUAGUUGGGCACUUCUUAAAAUUCCAGUUUCUAAAACGACAAGCACCACUCCUCUAAUGGUUCUGGAAUCUUGAUCUUCUUCAUCUUCUCCCAAAACCCACUCCGAAGCUUCGAACUGAGAAAAAUCUCUGCUCGCUCCGAAGCUUCUUGAAAUGUCAAAGCUUGGUCUAGUUCGAACAGCAAUCAGCUCAAACUUUUCCUCCCUUCGUUCUGUACGGACGAGCCAUAAGCAUGGCUUCGUCGCCUUCCCCGCGAGGCAGUUCUCGACCGAAUCAGAACCACAGCAGACUCAGGACCAAGCCGUCGAUUCCUUUCUUAGAACCUCAGCCUCUGGUUCAUUGUAUGCAAAAUUGACUGGUGGUAUUACUAGAAAUACAUUGAAGACGGAUAUUGUAAAUUUGCUAGAAGGGUGUAACUUGAGUCUGGAAGAUGUCAAAGUUGACUAUUUUAGGGACUACAAUCCCUCUGCAAUGUUGGUGCAUUUUUCUUCUCCUCAUGCAUAUGAUCAGGCAUUUAAGAUGAUUAGCAGAAAGGGUCGCCUUUAUAGAAUGGAGAAGGUUGCGAAAUCACAGUGGGACAUCGUAGCGCCUUAUGAUGGAAAAACUAUUCUACUCCAAGGAAUCCCGCUAAAUGCAGUCCCAGAAGAUGUUGCACGCUUUCUGUCUGGUUGCGACUUUGAUGCAUCCUCCAUCCAGAUUUUUCUCAAAGCAACAGUCCCAGAUAAGAUGGCAACUGUACGCUUCCCUUCUCAAAGUCAAGCAAUGAAUUGUUUCAUCACCAAGAACAAGGGCUUCUGUUUGAAUAAUCAAGUCUUGGUGCGUGUACUCCAGUGAUGGUCCUUUUUUUUCAUCGUUGUUUCAUUUAGGAGGCAAGGCAUUGCAUUGCAGCAUGAUAUAAAAAUGAGUAGAGGAGUUCAUAGGAUUGAACCAGUUUCUACUUAGCCAUAGAAAAUGUGCCUUGAUGUCAUCAGGAAUCUGGUUUUAAGAGUUUUUCUUUUCAAUUGAAUGUUCCUUUUUGAAAGCAUUUUUAGACACUAAAAUAAAGAGACUUGUUACCUUUAGUUUUGAGAGAGGAUCUCAUGCGUUGAGAUUUUAGCAAUGAGUUCAAUGGGAGAAUGCCGUGUCCUAUUUGGUUAUUUUGUUGGGGAAUGUAAUUGGAUAUGCCAAAAACAGAAUCAGAAUUAUGAAAUCAAUUUACUUGGUGGACAUUAAAAAAGGAAGAAGGAUUUGGUUUUCA